AUGUCCCAUCAUAUAGUAGCAUUCGACAUGCAAGGCGAGCUCCAGUUCCUUAUGGAAUUUGUUAUCUUCGGGAUCAGUUACGCAGACCCAAUUAACGAAAUCACCUCGGCCGGGGUCCACGCAGUAGCUGAACCUGUUGAGUUCAGACGCACGUCUUUCGGUCGCAAGUACAUCUGGGGCGCAGACGGCACACCAUCAGAAGGACAGGAAUUCACAGGCUGGAAAGAAUGGUGUGUGGGGGAGACGGACCGGCGGCGAAGGCAAAAGCUCGGUGAAUCUGUCCCUGAUGGGGUUGAUGGAGUGUUGGUCUGUACAUUGGAUGAGACACAUGUCGAUAUUAUGUGCGCUAUCGCUCCGCUGGACUUACAUGUGUUGUGUGAGAAGCCUCUGGCGACCUCUCUGGAAGAUUGUUUAUUCACGGAAAAAUCUUUUCUGUUGGACACGUGUUGCAGUAUAGUCCAACACAACAUUAUGCUCAAGAAGCUGCUUUUAACCGACAAAGCCAUCGGGGAUCUCCUUUCAAUCGAGCAUGUAGAGCCGGUAGGGUGGUGGCAUUUUGCGCAUAGCUAUGUCCGUAGAAACUGGCGCAGAGAGACGAAGAACCGCGACGGAUCCUUACUGACAAAGUGUUCUCACGACAUUGACUUUUUGCUUUGGUUGCUCGCGGUCCCUGCAGAAGAAACACAGCGAGAACCUCACUUGCCACGAAUCCAUAGCCUCGAUGGGAUCCCGGAGAAACCAGCUGCAGCUAACGGUACUACCAAUUGUAUUUCCUGCCCGAUUGAGCGCGAGUGCCAAUAUAUUGCCAUUGGGAACCCUCACUGGGUGAAGAAUGUUAUUCAUGAUAUCGAGGAUCUUAUGAAGGCUGCAAAGCCCGAAAUGAUUCGUACCACCCUUUUACACAAACUUGCAGAAGACUACGAUCGUUCUACCACCUCAGAUAAGGUUAUCGCGGCGCGUCCGUGGUACGGAAGGUGUGUUUACGAGAGCGAUAACGAUGUUUGUGACGACCAGCUUGUAAUUCUAUCCUGGGACGAAGAUGUAUCAUCCAGUAGUCCUGGAAAACGAGCUAUGCUUCAUAUGAUUGCCAACACGGAGGAUGAAUGCAUUCGCCGAGGCCGGGUGUACGGUACAAGUGGUGAACUGACCUACAAUAGCCAUACAAUUACUUAUUUUUGCUUCCUAACAAGGAAGAAAACCGUAAUAGACGUGCCUCGACAAUCAUCUCAUGAGAUGAGAUCUCAUGGUGGAGGUGACUACGGACUCAUCCGUGCAUUCAUCGCAGCCAUAGAGGCUGUCCAAAAUGAGGAGAUGUGGGCGAGUGAGGCACAAUGCCGCUUCAUAGGAGGUAAUUUGGAGGACGCUGUCCUCGGCCAUGCGAUGGUUUUUGCUGCAGAAGCGCGGCGGGACGAUAAGGUGAUUUCUUGGAAGGACUGGUGGGAUACAAAAACCGCCUAAAGGAUCUUGAUAGAUGCACUGAGUAAUGGAUAAGUAUGGAGCCUUUCUCAUCAGUGAUACUGCUGGAAAACGAUGACUCCUAUUUGGUGACAUCCCUGAUAUAGCCUAUUUGUGAAGCUUUCCCCCCGACUGCCGCAAAAUAUGUUCGGGAUUACAGCGGUUUUUUAUUUAUUUUGUUUAUUUCUUUACUUUUUAAUUUGAAUAUUCUUUCCGCAACCCUCAAUUGCUUCCGUUGAUG